GUACAUAAUAUGAGCAAUCAUUUUCUUUCAUUUUGGCCCACGAGCUUUACCGAAAGCUUGUGGUUAAGGACAGCGAUAAGACGCCGGAGACGGAUUAUUCAACGAAGACAAGUAAAUAAAUCAAGCAGUGUGGGGGCGUAUGUGUUGGACUCGCUGAGACGUUGAUUAGCGCUCAUAAUGUAGUUUGUUUUAGCUUAACUGUCAAUCAGAUUAGCAGAGAAGCAAAGAAACAGAGAGAAGAUAUAGAUUGGGUGGAGAGAAGGCAGUUAAAAGGGAGAAAAAGUGGUGAACAGUGCGAGGAGAGUUGUCCUGGAAAGCUUCCUUUUUGGGUUAUAUGUUCACUAAGCCAUUCUGCACCAUUUCAUCAGAACUGCGCAUUAUUGUCUGAUACUCUCCAUUUCUCGAGGAUGGCAGGCAAAGAGGUAACCCAAUCCCAAUGGAAGAAACGAAAAGGUGGAUUCAGAGCCUCCAUGUUCAUUUUCGUCUUGUCAUCGCUGGACAAUAUGGGCUCAGUAGCAAACAUGGUGAGCUUAGUCCUAUACUUUUAUGGGGUGAUGCACUUUGAUCUCUCCAGCUCUGCCAACACUCUCACAAACUUCAUGGGCUCAAGUUACUUGCUCUCCCUUGUUGGUGGUUUCAUCUCAGACACUUACUUGAACAGGCUCACCACCUGCUUGAUCUUCGGCUUCCUCGAAGUUCUGGCAUUGGUUCUGGUCACAAUUCAAGCUGCUUCAAAUAAUUUACACCCAGACGCGUGUGGGAAGUCGAGCUGUGUAAAAGGUGGUAUAGCAGCCAUGUUCUACACAUCACUGUGUUUAUUGGCUCUGGGUACUGGAGGAGUUAGAGGAUGCAUGACUGCAUUUGGGGCUGACCAAUUUGAUGAGAAGGAUCCAGUUGAAGCAAAAGCUCUCGCUAGCUUUUUCAAUUUUCUUCUGCUAAGUUCAACAGUGGGAGCAAUUGUUGGGGUUACAGGUGUCGUGUGGGUUAGCACUCAGAGAGCUUGGCAUUGGGGAUUUUUCAUUAUAACUGUUGCUUCUUUUGUUGGCUUUGUGACUCUUGCUCUUGGUAAGCCAUUUUACCGCAUCAAAACUCCUGGAGAUAGCCCCAUUCUCAGCAUUGUUCAGGUUUUUGUUGUGGCGUUUAAGAACCGAAAGUUGCCAUUGCCAGAUCCUCAUCAACAACUUUAUGAGAUUAGUGAUAAAGAUGAUACUGUAGAGAAGAUUGCACACACGAAUCAGAUGAGGUUUCUAGAUAAGGCGGCCAUUCUUCAAGAAGACUCAAAAUCACAGCCAUGGAAGGUAUGCACGGUGACACAGGUUGAAGAAGUGAAAAUCCUAACCAGAAUGCUACCAAUUUUCGGCAGCACCAUUAUAAUGAACACAUGUUUAGCGCAGCUUCAAACAUUCUCAGUGCAACAAGGGAACGUCAUGAACCUCAAACUCGGUUCUUUCACCGUCCCUGCACCUUCCAUUCCCGUCAUCCCCUUGCUUUUCAUAUCCAUCCUCGUCCCCAUCUACGAAUUCUGCUUCGUCCCAUUCGCUCGAAAAAUCACUCAUCACCCUUCAGGCAUUACACAGCUUCAACGUGUUGGUGUGGGUUUAGCACUUUCUGCUAUUUCAAUGGCGGUGGCUGGGGUUAUUGAAGUGAAAAGAAGAGAUCAAGGGAGAAGAGACCCACUUAAGCCUAUAAGUCUAUUUUGGCUUUCCUUCCAGUAUGCUUUAUUUGGAGUGGCAGACAUGUUCACCCUCGUGGGACUCUUGGAGUUUUAUUACAGAGAAUCACCUUCAAGCAUGAAAUCGCUCUCAACCUCUUUCACAUGGCUAUCAACGUCUCUGGGUUACUUCUUGAGCACGGUAUUUGUGAAUGUCAUAAAUGCUGUGACCAAAAAGAUCACUCCAAGCAAACAAGGGUGGUUGCAUGGCUUCGAUUUGAACCAAAACAACCUGAACCUGUUCUAUUGGUUCUUGGCCAUCCUGAGCUGCCUCAACUUUUUCAACUAUCUUUAUUGGGCCUCAUGGUACAAGUACAAGUCUGAGGAGCCCAAUUCGAAGGCUCUGAGCAAAGUUGAUAGCACGCAAGAAAGGGACACUGAGAAUCUGAGACUGAUGGAAGCUGCCAAGAUUGGUGAGGGACCAUCUUCCUCUGACGAGAGAGAAGGCGGUGCUGGUAAAUGAUUAAGGUAGAGGCAAUUAAAUGCUAGGGGGAGCCGGAUAUGAAUUCUCUAUUAUCGAACUUUGUGUGGUAAUAUAUGAUUGUAUUGGUAGUUCUAGGACUAGCUUUGCGUCUGUGUGUGUGCAUAGUUAAAAGGUUUUCUCCUUUAACUUUUUUUCCCUUUUUUUUGGCUGGGCUGGAUUCCCUAAGUUGAUUGACCUUGUAAUUGGACGUUUAAAAAGAUUACAAAUUAAUGAAAUCACGUCAAAGUUUGCAUAUAAAA